AUGGGCAAGAGAGAGAGGGAAAAGGCCAAAUUUGAUUGGGACGAAGUAAGCGAAGAAGAACGAAAUUUAGCCGAGAAAAACCCUUCGAAAUCUAUUGCUGAAAGGAACAGUAGCGAUGACGAUGAGGCCAAUGAAGAUCUCAGCCUCAAGAUCGUCGAGAAAGCUAUGUUAAUGCGUGCGGCCAAGUUGGCUCCGGACAACGACGUCGUUUUGGGCGAGCCAAGCGGUUUGGUUGAACUCCCUUCUUCGACUUCUUUGCAGGAAGCUGAAGUUGCAUCUGCAGAUUUGGAGACUAAGACGGUACGUAAAAGGGAGAGGAAGAAGAGGAUUAAGAAGACAAAGAUUGAAGAAGCUGUGGUUGCUAACGAGGAAGAGAAGGUAGAGGCAGCUAAUGCUGUAGAUUUGGCUGAGGCGGAGCAACUGAAUAAUGUUGAGAUUAGCGACAAUGUUGUGCUGCGGAAACUACUUCGGGGACCAAGGUAUUUUGAUCCUCCAAAUAGUAGCUGGGGAACAUGCUUUAACUGUGGCGAAGAAGGUCAUGCAGCAGUGAAUUGCACCGUAGCUAAGAGGAAGAAACCAUGCUUUGUUUGUGGCAGUUUGGAACACCAUGCCAGAGACUGCAGAAAGGGACAAGAUUGCUUUAUUUGCAAAAAAGGUGGACACUAUGCUAAAGAUUGUCCAGAAAAGCAGAAGAGGGGCUCAUUGAAAUCCCAAAUAUGUCUAAAAUGUGGAGAUUCUGGGCAUGAUAUGUUCUCAUGCAGGAAUGAUUAUUUAACCGAGGAUCUUAAGGAAAUCCAAUGCUAUGUCUGCAAGAGAUUUGGCCAUUUAUGUUGUGUCAAGUAUGUUGAUACUAGUCCCCAGGAAGUUUCUUGUUACAAAUGUGGUCAAUUGGGACAUACUGGUAUGGGAUGCGUAAGUUUGCGUGGUGGGGAAACCAAUGAUUUUGGAUCACCUCGUUUAUGCUACAAGUGUGGUGAACGUGGUCACUAUGCCCGUGCAUGUACAAGUUUUGCUAAUACUCACCAGAGAUUUGGGGAAUUAUCUAAUUACUCUACUCCCAUUUUGAAAUCUCAUAAGGAAAAGAGAGACUACACGGGGUUCAAGUCCGCUCCGCAUGACCUAAAUAAAGCUCACAAAAGAAAACAGACCCAGUAUGAAGAAAGAGGUAUGACGACCCCACAAAAGACUAAGCAUAGAGGUGGCUGGAUAAUGGACGAUCCAGGGGAUUUCUCCCCUAGAAAUGGCAAAAGGAACAGUUGGAAGUCUCCAGCAACACCACCAUCUGGUAGGGUUCAUGCUUCAAGUUCUAGAUCCUCUAAAAAAAUGUGGAAGGUUUCUGGAAGUCCAAUCUCACAAGGGCAAUCUAGGUCUUUUCAGCACAGAUAUUCUGCAUCGAGGUUUAGCAACUCUAGCGCUGAUGGUAUUAGAAGAAAUUAUGAUUGGUGGUAG